AUGUUACAACAAGAUUUGGUGUAUCAUAUCCGGCGUGCGGCGCAGAUGCACCCUCGUCCUGACUUCACCGGCGACGCUGGACCGGGAACAGCGAGCGCGAUUUUAAUCUCGUCCACAACCGAUAUACCGAUCACCGACACAUUGACAACCUCUUCAAGCAGAGUCACUGCAACAGCCACAACCACAAACACGGAUAUGGCGCCGCAUGCGACCUUUCUGUAUCCAACGGAGCCGUUGACCUUGAACAAUAUUGAUGUGAUCCAAGUCAGCUACCGGACGGAUUUCAAGAGUGUGGACCUGUCGAUAUUUUGUGAGAUGAGUCCAGGCUCGCAUGAGUUCGCAUUGGCCGAUAUAAACCAGAUCCAAUCCAGUGGCACGUAUGCCAUUGCGCCAAUCCAAGCGGGGAUGAAAAUUCCCCAGUUCCCUACCUAUUGCAACUUCAUGCUCUGUGAUUCCCAGAACAAGACAGACUCUACUACCGCGGCUGGGUUCACCAUGAUCAGCACCCAAGGCAUUGCCACGACCUACGCUUUGGCCGCUACACGAACAGCGUCAACCCCAACACCAGCGACACAGAGCCCGCAGGGCUCUGCGCAGACUCCCGCAGCGAUGGGGCCCACCGUUAUGUCCUCAUCUGCGGCAUCUGCAGCAGCCGAGACAGCCGUCGCCUCAACCUCUACUUCUGCUGGACUGGGUAAUGGCGCCAAAGCUGGUAUUGCCAUUGGCGUGAUUCUCGGCAUUUGCGCCUUGAUAGCCGCCAGUCUCUUCUAUCUACGAAUAGGACGGCGAACGAAUAAGUUGGAGAAUAUGGUAAUACUAAGGAGUACAGCGUCGUCUGUGGACUUGGUGGCAUCCGAGAAGCUUGCAGUAGAGAAGCCUGCGGCAGCAUCACAAGCACCCGUACCCUUACACUCUCCACCGAACAAUGGAUCUGGAAUUGCAGCUUUCAAAGUUGAGGGGAAUCAUCGCAACUCAGAAGACUGGAGACGCUUUUUUGGCAAUGGGAAAUCCCAGAAGUCUGUGAUAUCCUCUUGA